AUGACAAAUAGUCCAAAGUUCCCUCACCAUAAUUUAAAUAGUUCUCAAAUUGAAGAAUUUGCGAACGAUAAAAAAUUCAAGAAAAAGUCUAAAAAUGCUAAUAAAAUUAAGGGAAAAAAAGGAAAAAAUGCCUAUCCGACCGUGACGUCAAGUAUACCUAUCGCUUGCAAGGAUCAAAAUUGUUGCCUAGUGCCUCUCCGCUCCGCUGAAAAUUAUCCUUCCGAAAAUUGUCUACCUGUUUUAAACAAUUAUAUACCACGGUGUAAUGACCUUCCAAUAUCUAAACAACCUAAAGUUCUCCAUAAUCAAAUUCAUCAAAUUCAUCAAAUUCGAAAUGAUUCUUCAAUUACUGAAUGCUCGUGGGAAAAAAAACAACUUGUUGACGAGUCAUCCCUAAUUGAGAUAAAUUUACCUCCAAAUUGUAAUUCCAUUCACCGUUUUCAUCGUGUUAUAAAAAUAGAUGAAAUAGGCAAGAUCAUGAUAAAGAUUAUUUAUCCUGAUAAACCUGCGGAUUAUAUAGUCAUGGAAUCUAAAAAGGAUAUUAUCAAUCAAAGUAAUGCUAAUGAAAUCGAUCAGCUUCCUGCAAUUAUACCGGAUUAUUUCGUUAUCAACCUUCCUGGUAUGGAUUAUCCUGUAUUGGUAUACCCUAGUUCUGGUGAAUGUGGAAACCCAAUGGUGAUUUCAAUGGCUUCUCAUUCUGCAUGUUCGAUGUGUUCGACGUGUUUGGCAUGUCCUGAUUAUGUCUUACGGUCUCAGUCUGGGCAAAUAUCCUCCUCAAAUGUUUCAUCAAAUGUUUCAUCAACUGUUCCAUCAAAUGUUCCAUCAAUUCAAUCUGUUAAUAAUACUGGAAAUUUCAACAACCUAAAUUGUGAUUAUAAAAAUUAUAUAACACAAGAAUGGGUUUCCAACAAUCAAAUAAAUCCUCAUGAACAAUUAUCAUUUGAUAGAGGUUCUUUAGAAAACCAUUUUGACAUAUCUAGCAUAUGUCCAAAAGAAUUAUCACAUAAGUCUCGUGAUCACGUGCCAUCUGAGACUGUAAAAGAAGUUCAAUCAAAUAUAAGUACCCCUGAUUGUUUUCUUGAUGAAACCUCUUCUACUUUUGAAAUAAAUUCCAAAGUCCAAUCUACAACUACAUGUUUUCCUAAUGAACAAUUAUUUAAUAUACAAGAUUCUUCUUUUGAUGUGAACUUGCCUCCUCAUGGUUGCUAUCAUGUCAAUGAAGUUAAUAGAUUCAAUAAUAACUCUAUUAUGGUCGAAAAUUGUUCAAAUGAUAUGUUUCAAUUAUCAGAAACUGAAAUAGUUUCUUCAUCAGAAUUGGAUUUGACCCCUGAUGGUUUAAUGGUUAAAUUACCGGCUAAUUCUAAUAAACAAUUGAAAGGUCAUUCAAAAACUCCUGUACCAAGUAUUGAUACCAAAAAUCUUCCUACAAACUUUGUUGAAGAAGAAGAAUAUGCUGAUGAAGAUGGAUUGGAAUUGCCUCGAUCUUCUUUAUCAUCACCACAUUCUACAAUUUCAUCUACUUCCUUUUCAAUGUCUGUACUUUCAACAACAUCAACUUAUGCUGAAUCAAUGAAUACUAUAUUAUCAACAACUUCUAUACAAACUAUUGACAAAGCAAUCAUUUCAUCAUCAACCUAUUCCACUCCAUCGUCAUUCAAUCAAUCUCCCGAAUUCAAAGCUAAUUCCAUUAAUGAUGAUCAUAUAGAUGAUCAAUACAUCGAUGAAAUCCCUUAUAAGCAAGAAAAUGGUAAUCCAUAUUAUAUAUCAGAGCGAUCUAUAUCACCUGAACAUUUAUCACCAGUGAUUGAAGAAGAUGAGACUUUAAUUGCGAUACAAAAUAGUCAAAUAUCCGAUUGUUCAACAUUAAAUGAAUAUGAUAUAAAGCAAUUAAGUGAUUCCGAAGAUCAACAUAUCGAAUCACAUGUUCAGGAUGACAGUGAUUUCGAACAAUCUUGUGGUGAAUUUGUCAUUGAAUCCAAUUUAAAUUCCGACGAAAUCCAUUCGGAAGAUGAUCAUUGUCCCGAACAUUGUCCCGAACAUUGUCCUGAACUUGAUGCUAUUGAUGACUAUUUACAAACUCUCAAUCUUGAAAAAAAAGAAGAAGAAUACGAAGCAAUGCGUCUUCGUCAUCAAUUAAAGAUUAUUCGGGAAGCUCCUUACCCUAAAUUGUCUUCGUAUCUCAAGCCUAGUGAUUUGAAAAGUGACUCAAAUCUAAAUUUCUUUAAGGAUGACAUCCAACCAAUGUGGGAAGAUGAACGCAAUGAAGGGGGUGGUAAAUUAACCUUAUGCCCUCCUAGGCAACAAUUAGAUUCCAUGUGGGAUACAAUUGUUAUGCUCCUUGCAGGAGAUAUGUUUGAUAGCAGUGACAAUAUUUGCGGUGCUAUAUGUGCUCGUCGUAGCCGAGGUGACCGCGUUGAAAUAUGGAUGGGUAGUCAGAUAACUAAUGAGGAUGUCGAAAAUAUAAAGUCUCGACUCUCUGAAGAAUUGGGGUCUAGACUUGUUAUGAAUGUACGUUAUAAGAAGCAUCACGAAAAGUAA